ACAUGAUAUUAAUCAAACCGCAAGUGACCGCACGAACAAAUUAUUUGACAGUUUGACAUGUCCUAAAAAAGAUAACAAAGCAGCAUUAAAUUGACAUUUCUUAAAUCAUGUUGGAUGAUGCUUGCCUCGAUGAAGGUCCCGGGGUUAAUUUUGAAACAUCAACCCUGGAAAUGAAGAAGGAAAGUCAAAAUGAAAACUCUACAAUCGUCAAUACAGGUACAAAACAGAAUGAGGAAACAGCAGUACCGAUCUCAAUACCAGAGUCGAAACAGGUUUCAAAUAUUCCAUUCAGAAUAGAUUUUCAGAGUUACUUCUCAGAGAGGGAAGAGGUAAUCGAAAGGGCUCUGAAUGAUUGUCAAAAGGAGCUUAUUCAGAAUAAUGGAGCCCUCAUAGGAAGCUGGCUUUUAACCGAGAUAAGCCUGUGGGACACAGAAAAAGAAAGACUCGUUUUAUUAACGAAAGACUCUCUCUUCUCCGUAAAGUAUGAUCUCAUAUCGUUGAAAAUUGUAGAAUAUAACAGAGUUCCUUUGAUGGAUGUGGACACUAUCAUUGCUGGCGAUUUAAUUUAUCCAUCGAAAUCCCUUUUGCCAAGAUUGAAUGGGUUGGCUGAAGGAGUUUCUUCGAUCCUUCAUUCUGCUGUACGUCAAGAGUGGUCGUCUCUUACUACUCUCUCCGGUUUUACGAAAUUCGAGCCUAGGUAUUGUGACAUUCGCAUAUGUGUGGUUUUAGGGGCUUCACUUAAAUUACGAUCUGAAAUUUACGACGUGAAGGGCUUGCACCUGGCUUUAGAGUCAUUAGUACCAGAAAAUGCCACUAAAAUAAACAGACCGAUAUUAAUAGAGAACUAUUUAGGCGUUGGAUCUCUUAUACACAAUAGGAAUGCUUUAGGCUUUUUCAAAAUUCGAGGCAAAGUCAGCUUCUGAACAUAUUUUAGCUCUCACUUUUUAGAAUUCAUGUAAAUAAUAAGAACAUUAUGAA